GGCCUUAAAAUGGCAGAUGAGCCUAUGGAAGAAGGUGAACCAUAUUCCUACCACGAUGAAGGAAGUGUGAAAGAAAUUCCUAUUACACACCAUGUGAAAGAAGGAUGUGAGAAAGCAGAUCCAGCACAGUUUGAACUUCUGAAGGUUCUUGGACAGGGAUCGUUUGGAAAGGUCUUCCUCGUUCGGAAAAUAAUUGGUCCUGAUGCUGGGCAACUUUAUGCAAUGAAAGUAUUGAAGAAAGCUUCUUUAAAAGUACGGGAUAGAGUUCGGACAAAAAUGGAGAGAGAUAUAUUAGUAGAAGUAAAUCAUCCAUUUAUCGUCAAACUGCACUAUGCCUUUCAGACUGAAGGGAAGCUAUAUUUAAUAUUGGAUUUUCUCAGGGGAGGAGAUGUAUUCACGCGAUUAUCCAAAGAGGUUAUGUUUACAGAGGAAGAUGUGAAAUUCUACCUCGCAGAACUGGCCCUUGCUUUGGAUCACCUUCACAGCUUGGGAAUUGUGUACAGGGACCUGAAGCCAGAAAACAUUUUGCUUGAUGAAGCAGGACAUAUCAAGUUAACAGACUUUGGACUCAGCAAAGAAUCAGUAGACCAAGAGAAGAAGGCCUAUUCUUUCUGUGGUACUGUAGAAUACAUGGCACCUGAAGUAGUAAACAGGCGAGGGCACAACCAGAGUGCUGACUGGUGGUCCUUUGGUGUUCUCAUGUUUGAAAUGCUCACUGGUACACUACCAUUUCAAGGUAAAGAUCGAAAUGAAACUAUGAAUAUGAUACUCAAAGCAAAACUUGGGAUGCCUCAGUUCCUCAGCCCUGAAGCACAAAGUCUUCUGAGGAUGUUGUUUAAAAGGAACCCAUCAAAUCGAUUAGGAGCUGGUUCAGAUGGAGUUGAAGAAAUCAAGAGACAUCCUUUUUUUUCUACUGUUGACUGGAAUAAACUGUUCAGAAGAGAAAUUCAACCCCCAUUUAAACCUGCUUCUGGAAAGCCAGAGGAUACCUUUUGUUUUGAUCCAGAAUUCACAGCAAAAACACCAAAAGAUUCCCCAGGAGUCCCACCCAGUGCAAAUGCACAUCAGCUCUUCAAAGGGUUUAGUUUUGUUGCAACGACUACUGUGGAAGAUCAUAAAAUAUCACCCCUCACCAACAUACUGCCCAUAGUACAGCAACUUCAUGGAAGCAGCGCACAGUUCACUGACGUGUAUGAGCUGAAGGAAGACAUUGGGGUUGGUUCCUACUCAGUGUGCAAGAGGUGUAUACACAUAGCUACAAACAUGGAGUUUGCUGUAAAGAUAAUUGACAAAAGUAAGAGAGAUCCCUCAGAAGAAAUUGAGAUUCUCAUGCGUUAUGGACAACAUCCAAAUAUUAUUACUUUAAAGGAUGUGUAUGAUGAUGGUAGAUUCAUCUACCUUGUCACUGAGCUGAUGAAAGGAGGAGAGCUGCUGGAUCGCAUCCUCAGGCAGAAGUUCUUCUCGGAGCGAGAGGCCAGCGCGGUGCUGUACACCAUCACCAAGACUGUGGACUACCUGCACUGCCAAGGAGUGGUGCAUCGAGACCUUAAGCCUAGUAAUAUUUUAUAUACGGAUGAUUCAAAUAAUGCUGAUUCCAUCAGGAUUUGUGAUUUUGGAUUUGCAAAACAGCUUCGAGGAGAAAAUGGACUGCUUCUGACCCCGUGCUACACUGCAAACUUCGUGGCACCAGAGGUUCUCAUGAGACAGGGAUAUGAUGCUGCUUGUGACAUAUGGAGCUUGGGUGUUCUUCUUUACACCAUGUUGGCAGGGUAUACCCCGUUUGCCAACGGUCCUAACGAUACCCCAGAGGAGAUCCUGGUACGGAUAGGCAGUGGAAAAUUCUCCUUAAGUGGAGGCAACUGGGACACUGUUUCAGAUGCAGCAAAGGACUUGUUAUCACACAUGCUUCACGUAGAUCCACACCAGCGGUACACAGCUGAGCAAGUCCUGAAGCAUUCCUGGAUAGCCUGCAGGGACCAGCUGCCACAUUAUCAACUCAACAGGCAAGAUGCACCACAUCUAGUAAAGGGAGCCAUGGCUGCUACGUAUUCUGCACUGAAUCACAAGACAUUUCAGCCAGUGCUGGAGCCUGUUGCAGCCUCCAGUUUAGCUCAGCGACGGAGCAUGAAAAAGCUAACAUCAACAGACUUAUAGAUCCACUGGGACACCUUAGCAAACACAAGCAAGGGGGGAAAUCCAAUAAGUGGCUCUAUUUUGCCUGACCCGUGAUCAAAAGGCAUCUAUGGUUUCCUGCUACACUACUUGAAUUCUGUAAAAGUCCUUUUUUUAAAAAGAAAAAAAAAAU